ACGUGCAUGAUUGUCUUUCGCAAGACGAUCAGCUGGCACCUUCCGGAAAAAAUCCUUAUUUUAUUUAAGCAUAUGCAGAGCACCUAGAAAACGCAUUGACUUUGUUUACAAGCAUUUUAUCAGAUCCUUCUGCAAAGUAUUUAGCCACAAUUUUCUCUGAAUCAUCACUCCCUUCACCUGUUAAAUAUCUCUGCAAAUUUCAUGUCAGAUGUUAUUAUCAGCAAUCUUUGAUUUCAAAGCAUGUUUUGAGGUGGAAGAAAUAGCAAUCUGAUCAUCGGAUUUUUAGCUACAGCUUACUGAUAUUUAUAUAUUUUCUGGUUUGAAGCUUCUUCCCAGAGUUUUAUCCACACGAUUAUGCAAAGAAAUCUUAUUCAGUAAACCAGUCUUAGCGUAGAAAGCUCUGGAUAAUCCCGCAGACAUUAUUCCUUAGCAAAACCUUUAGAAAAACCUAUCAUUAUGUAAAUUCGGUCCUCCUGCGUUUUGUCCUCUCUGAAAAAAAACCAAAAAAAAAAGGAAAACCCAGAAAACCUAAAAUUUAACAUGUAGAAUCAGCCCUAAGAGAUUCUCAGUUUUUGUUUUUGUUUAUAUUAAGUAGAAACCCUUAAAGAAAAGAAAAUUUUGUUUAACUUGUGGAGAGUUUAAUGACGGACUCUGAGAUUGGUACUCCGGUUCAAUCUGCACCUCCAACCCCUGGAACUCCAGGAGCUCCGUUCUUGAGCUUGCGGGUGAAUGGAGAGAGUCGGCAUGGGAGAUUUUCAGGCCUGAAUCCAUGCGAGUGUUUUGCUUUGGAGGCAUGGCGCAAAGACGAAUUUCCUCUCGUCUCUGUUUCGCUCUGGCAGAAGGUGGGAGCAGAAUUCAUCGGGACAUUCAUGCUAAUAUUUGCUGCGACAGCCGCGCCCAUUAUUAAUGAAAAGAAUGGAGGGAAUGAAAGCCUGCUGGGCCUGGCUUUGUCAUCUGGUCUGGCUGUGAUGAUCGUCAUACUCUCAACUGGACACAUUUCUGGAGCGCAUCUCAAUCCCUCCCUCACCAUUUCCUUCGCUGCUCUCCGCCAUUUUCCAUGGGUUCAGGUGCCCUUAUACAUAACGGCCCAAAUAGUGGCGUCAAUCUGUGCGUCAUAUGCACUAAAGGGAAUAUUCCAUCCGUUCAUGCACGGUGGAGUGACAGUUCCGUCGGGAUCAUACGGGCAGGCCUUUGCACUAGAGUUCAUCAUCUCCUUCAAUCUCAUGUUCGUCGUCACAGCCGUCGCAACAGACACACGUGCAGUGGGUGAGCUGGCAGGCAUCGCAGUUGGUGCAACUGUCACACUCAACAUACUCAUUGCAGGGACAAAUAGUGGAGGUUCAAUGAACCUGGUCCGAACUCUAGGGCCGGCCAUAGCAGCGAAUAAUUUCAAAGCUAUUUGGGUGUAUGUGACAGCGCCCAUUACAGGAGCCCUAGUGGGUGCUCUUUGCUACUCUCUUGUUCGUAUUGAAGGUGAUGGCCCCAGACCCGUUGCCAGCUUCAGGAGAUCCUAACCUUUAAAACUUUUAUCACGUUUUUAAGACACUUCCCCCCUUUUUUUUUUGGUUUUGGUUUAGUCUGGUGGAUGUUAGUGAGAUGAGGAUUUCCACAGUUCAUGCUAAAGUGGAUGUUAUUAAAGUUUAUCCUGUGAUUUUCAUAAAAUAUGAAGAGUAAAUUUAUUUUACAUAUUUGUAAGAAUAUGUAAUAUGAAAAAAAAUGUUAAAAAAGAGAUAUAUAUUAUGAAAGUAAUAUAUUAUAUUUGCAAAAAACAUAUAAUGUAUGGGGAAAGUAAGCCAGCUGUGAGGGCAUGCUCUCACAAGGUAUGUUGUGCUUUGUGUUGGUGUGAAUUAAACUAUGUAGAUUAAAACUUGAGCGUAGUAUAAUAAAUAGUGUCUUGUUGUGGUGUG